AUGACUGAACCUAUACCUAAUGUUACAAUACCGAUCGACCAUCAAUGUAACUAUGGAUAUGGUGAUUCUGGUUACUGUAAAUGUUUCUCUGGAUUUUCUGGAGAUAGAUGCCAAUAUCAGGUUGGACAACCAUACACCUUUGGAGAGCUCUAUGAACCAGUUUUAAGAUAUUAUUUCCCAAAUAGUAAUACUAUGAAUGCCAGACCAUUUCAGAUUCAAGAAGUAGAUGUAAAUAAUUCUAUUGUUCAAAGUUAUCCACUCGGAAACUAUAACAAUAAUUAUUACAACCAAUUCACAUUUUACUUGGGAAGUGCUGUUGUAAAUAUAACCUUUAUAGAACCAUUCACAGGUCAAGAAUAUCAAUUUGCAGGUCAGAAAAUUCCAGUAGAAUUUGGUACUGUAGUUAUUGAAAUCACUGUUUCCAACUGGACUUUUAUGAGCCCCUUAAAUACAUUACAAAUUCAAUACUCAACCGAUUAUCAAUAUUUCUAUUUUUAUUGUGGAGAGUACAGAUAUACAAAUGUUUUAAUUGACAAUUCAAUGAGACCAAAUAUAUAUUUCUUCACAGAAACUGGUAGUUUGUUUUCAGAAUAUAUCAACGUCACUGUUGUAGAUGAUAGAAUCAUGUCUUCUCAUAGCUUGACUGUCGAAAGCUCACAAUCAAGAUAUAUCAAUGUAAUUAGUGCUCCUUACUUUAUGAGUUCAUGGAAGACAGUUUCAGUUCACAAAGGAUAUUACUCAAUCAAUAGUUCAUGUCCAACUCAAACAACAACAUCUAGUUCAUGGAAUAUUACAACUGGAUCAUCAACAACAACAAGUUUCACAACUGGAUCUCCAACCACAAUCAGUUCAUGGAAUAGUACAACAGGAGCACCAUUCACUACCUAUGGAACAACAACAUUCAAUCCAACAACAACCACAACCACUUCACCAAGCAGUGGAGGUGUUACUACCCAUACCACAACUACCAGUGAUGAUUAUCUGACCACAACAAAUACAGUUACAGCCAGAGAGAAUUACGAUUCAUAUGUUGUGAUUAAUACAACAACUGUAUCGAGUGACAUUGCAACAUUGACCAACAACCGUUACUUCAACAAUCAAAUCUGGUGGAAUCUCGAAUAUCGUCACAACCACAACCUACACCGAAGGAACAUCGACCACCACCGACACUCAAACACAAAAGAAACGUCUUGGUUUGACCAUUUCACCAGAUAG